AAUGAUGACUUUUGGUGCAGUUUGACCCUAUUGUCAAGCUUCUCUGAACGCAUCGCGCGCACUUUUCUCAUCCUUUUAGCUGCCGAGCGAGGGAUGGAGCAAGCCCCCAGCGCGCCGAGUCCCCCACCAAAACCGGUCCACCAUGAACCUAUCAGCUUCGGAAUCGACCAGAUUCUGGGAGCCGGGACGGAGGCGGAGAGCGAGCGCGCGCCAGGGAGACAAAGUGGAUCAGAUUUAGGCGGCGGGGAAGCGUUUUACAGCUUGGGGAACCCGACGGGGGCCAGCGCGCCCUCCUACACCGCGCUGUCCAUCUCCCUCUCCGGUAUAAUGCCUUCGGUGGAGGCUUCAGGUUCGUACGGAGAGAACAGGAGUCUGAGCAGCCGGGGUGUGAUCCGGGUCCCGGCUCACAGACCCGUGGCAGCCCCCGGACCCCCAACCCCAGUCCAGAGCGCGGUUCCUGGUUUUGGAGGGCUGUGCUUCCCCUGGAUAGGAAACAGGUUCGCCAAGGACAGAAUAUCAGCAGCUCUGGUGCCGUUUGCCGUCACGCGGCGGAUAGGACACCCGUACCAGAACCGGACGCCCCCAAAGCGAAAAAAGCCCCGAACCUCGUUUUCCAGAGUCCAGAUCUGCGAGCUGGAGAAACGCUUCCACCGGCAGAAGUACCUGGCCAGCGCCGAGCGCGCGGCUCUGGCCAAGAGCCUGAAGAUGACGGACGCGCAGGUCAAAACCUGGUUCCAGAACCGCAGGACCAAAUGGAGGAGGCAGACAGCGGAGGAGAGGGAGGCGGAGCGGCAGCAGGCCAACCGGCUCAUCCUGCAGCUGCAGCAGUCCGCCCUCCACAAGUCCCUGAGCGAAUCAGCCGCGUCCGACCCGCUGUGCGCCCACAACUCCUCCCUGUACGCCCUGCAGAACCUGCAGCCCUGGGCCGAGGACAGGGAGUGACACCAGGUGAACUGGGAGGACAGGUAAAGGAUGUGGGGACAGUGGAGCCCAUCCUUAUAAACCUGUGUGCAGAAAAACUGAAGGAGCACCCCUCUGAGUGGACUGGUUUUAAAACCUGGACAUGAUACUGGUAAGUUAAAAAAAAAAAAAUCAGAAACUUGAACGGACUAUUUGGACUAUUUGAACUCUGAACUUUUUUAAGAAGAAGAGAAAAAAAGCUCUGAAACAGACUUAACAUUAAGAAUUGUUCUCUAAUGUUUGCACUGAUUCUGUUUAUUAUAA